UCUACGUCACAGCCAAGAUGGCAGCCUCCUCUGUGGUGCGUGGAGAAGACGCAUUUAAAAAAGUAUUCAAGUUUUACAAAAGAAAAAGCCCCCCGCCCGACUUCAGCGAUGUCACUGACUUUUCCAAAGGCUUACCCAGUGACAAGAUAGUUCCAGCAGUACUGGACCUUUCUGCAGUGAGUGACAGCGAGGCUGCCAGGGCUGGAUUACAGCCGGUCAAAUCCUGGAGGGCCUUUGGCCUGCAGGGCUACCCAGGGUUCAUCUUUAUCUCAAACCCGUUCCUGCGGGGCUCCCAGCCCUUCUGGAUCAGACAGUGUCUAAAGACCUACCCUCAGAAGCCCAACGUCUGCAACUUGGACAUGCACAUGUCUCUGUCUGACACCCAGGACAUCUGGGGCCAAAGUGUCCAUGGCCUGAGUUCCUCACCCUCUGGAAAAAGAGAACCCAAGACUCUUCUUGAAAGGCUGCGCUGGGUCACUCUGGGAUAUCAUUACAACUGGGAUACCAAGACUUACUCUGCCAACCAUCACACUCCUUUACCUGCUGAUCUCCACCUGCUGUCUGUCCAAAUAACAGCGGCCUGUGGGUUUCCAGGGUUCAGUGCUCAGGCUGGAAUCCUCAACUACUACCGCCAUGACUCGUCACUAGGAAUCCAUGUGGAUGAAUCAGAACUGGAUCACAGCCGGCCGCUGCUGUCCUUCAGUUUCGGGCAAUCAGCGAUCUUCCUCCUGGGAGGUGUCCGCAGAGAGGACCCCCCCACUGCUAUGUACAUGCACAGUGGGGAUGUGAUGGUGAUGUCGGGACAGAGCCGCCUCUUUUACCAUGCUGUCCCACGUAUCAUUCCAGGCCCCCAGGGACAAACAGCUUUAGAGAUGGAGGGCUGCUGCAUGGCCUUCUCCUCGCAGGACAGCACUCUGGGGGGGGUGCUGUCAGAGGAGGACUGGGUGUUGUGCACCAGGUAUAUCCAGAGCUCCAGGCUGAAUGUGACUGUGAGACAGGUGCUGGGACCGGGGCAGAGAUUCCCAGAAACACCCUCUCCUCGACAAAAGACUGAUGCAAGCCAAGCGGGAGAAAGGAGAAGUCGUCGCUGUGACUCUGUUGAGACUUCAGAGACAUGACAUAGACCCUGCUGUAAAAUGGAGACAUCUGAUACCAGCCGGGCAGUAGCAUCAGAUUCUAGUUUAUUGCCAGGUACGUUUACUCGUAUAAAUAAUGUAGACAUAUGCGCACCAGGGUUCCAAUGCAUCUUCAGUGUGACUGAAUGCAUUUACUCCUGUACCUUGAGCUGUCCACUUGUAAUUGGAACACCCAAUAUGAUCCUCUGAAUCUUCCAACAGGAAGUCUGACUGUAAGGACAUCUUAUCAUAGCAUUAUAUCUAGCUACCUGGUCAAUGAACAAAAUCCAUGAUAAUGCAUAAAAAGACAGAUGGUAAUUUGAUCAUAUCAGAUUGACCACAUUCUGAGGUGCUCAUACACAUUUUGAUCAUACGUCAGCCACCUGCCUCGCCUCUUCCUGCUAACUUAAGAAUGCCUGGCAAAUGUUACAAGUAGCAGUAGUAAGAAAGUAUUCGCCAGGGAAAUCAAAUGAUUUAGAAAUGAAUGUCUUCCAUCCUUGGCAUUGCUUUUCUUGACCUUCCACGCACCAUGUCUACUGUAUUAAUAAGGUGCGAAAAAGCUUGUUCCCUGUUCAUGUACAUUUUGUCUGUUUUAUUUCACUCAUCCAACCUAAAUAAAAUUGUCACACUAUAAGAAGUCA